CUAAAAAAACACAAUAUCUGUGUCAAUACUUUUUAAUUUGCAAUAUUAUUGGUAAAUUAAAAAAAACAAUAUUUGUGUCAUUAAUCUCAAUCACCGCCGGCGUGGAAACGACCGAGCGUAGAUCGUCGGCCGGUUUCUCGACCCAGAUCUAGCUUUAGCUUCUCCUCAGAAACAAAGUCGUUACUUUUACUCACGCUCCCAAAACCCAAUCACUAAACCGCCGUCGUCGCGUUCUCCGAUCCCUUCCCCCGCCGCUUCAAAACAAAAAAUAAACUUCCGCCGUCGUUUCCCAUGUGCAUCAACCAGCCGGUAAGUGAAAUCCAGCGAAGCAGAAAGACAGAAAAAGCCAGCCGCAUACAAUUCCCCGCCCCCGUCACACUCACCGCCACCGCCACCUGGACCCCAGACACAGGACAGCACAGCAAACCAACCACCAGCAUGUGAUUCGCAUCGCAGAGCUGUCUGCUUUUCUUUUUCUUCAUCAAAACCCACCUCGCCCUCUCCUCCUCCUCCAUAACUCCAUUUCUUCACCUCUUUUCAACAUACAUUCAAUUCAAUUCCAUUCCCUUUCAUUUCAUUUUUUCAACACCUCUAAAAAAAAUGAGUUCCUUCGUCCUAGGCUUCCAGAAGAGCCGAUCAGCCGCCCUCCCGGUCUCCCAACCCGGCGGAGGCGGCGAGCAGGGCGUCCUCGGGAGGACACUCUCCAACUCGCUGUCGGCGGUGAGGAAUCGCGCUGGAGACGCCAUCCGGAGCUGGGGGGAGUGGGGCGGCAUCCUGCCCAAGAAGACCGCUCAGGAUCUGGAGACGAACUAUUACGAGGAGGCAUAGUAGCAGUAACUUUGAUUGGUUAGUUGCGUGGAGCACAAGGAAAAAAAGAAAAGGAAACACCUUUCAAUUGAUCCAUUUAUCAAAAUGGAAAAUUUUCAUUUUGGUAUGAAUUCAGUUUUUUCUUUGUACCUAUUAUUUCCUACUGAAACAUCUAGUAAGUACUCCCUGUGAAUGUUUUUUAAUCUUUGGGUGCCCUAUUUGCAAGUAAAUAUUACAUCUGCAA